AAAGCCAGACUGAUUCAUAGAAACUCUUCUAAAGCACAGUUGAAAAGACACCACCCAUCCCAUCACACCAGCAGGGGAAACUUAUAACCCUCGCCAGCCAGAGCACUCCCUUCACUGCAGCUCUGAGUUUCAAGGCAGCCGGAGUUCAAGAGCACAGCUUCUUCUGCAAAAGACCUCUUUCUCUAAGCAAACUUCUCUGCGUUGGAGAGACCCCUGCCGUGAGGAGCCAAGAUGUUGGUACUACUGGCUGGUAUUUUUGUGGUCCACAUUGCCACGGUCAUCAUGCUCUUUGUCUCCACCAUUGCCAAUGUCUGGAUGGCAGGUCUGAGUUCGGGCAAAACAAACACAUCAGGCCUGUGGCUGCAGUGUACAGGCGGGAAUUGCGGGGAUCUUCGUUUUGAAGAAGAUGACCUCAAUGCACUCAAGGCAGUGCAAGCCUUCAUGAUCCUGGCUAUCAUCUUUUCCUUUGUCUCCCUGGUCAUGUUUGUGGUGCAGCUCUUCACGAUGGAGAAAGGAAAGCGCUUCUACAUGACGGGAGCCAUUAUGCUGGUUUGCUGGCUGUUCAUUCUGAUCUCCGUCUCCAUCUACACGGCCAGAUUUCCACAAUAUUUCACAAGCAGCCUAGACCACCAUGGCUACUCCUUCAUACUUGCCUGGAUCUGCUUCUGCUUCAGUUUCAUCAUUGGGAUUCUGUAUCUUGUGCUCAGAAAGAAAUGAGGGGAGCAGGGGAGAAACUGGGAGGGCGGAUUGGAAAUAUGGGGGGCUUGUGGGAGGGAUGCGAAGUUGCUUUGUUAUGAGAACUGUUUGCCCAAAGACAUGAAUCCAUACACUGCUCACCUAAUGUGCCCAAUCACAGAAAUAAAUCAGAGAGAGAGGGGGAGAGAUUGAGCAAUAGACUUUCCACUGUCAAGGAUCCUGGCACCAGGAAUGUGCUUGAAGAACCAUAUAGCCAGAUCCUAUCUCUUUUCUCAGAAACUUACACAUGCAUCCCAUCGUAAAGGGCCUUGACGUUCUGUCUCACUUCAGAAAAUCUGGAAAAGAUAUAAGGUGCAGCUUUCUUCCUUAAAUUUUAGCAACUAUGAUAUGCUUCCCAGUGAUUUCCAUUGGGCAGAACAUUCCCACUCAAUCUGGAAGGUGUAGUGCAGGGACAAGGGCUGAGAAUGUCAGGGGCGCUGGCAGAACCCGGCCUCCCUUUUCUUGACAAGCAAACGACACACAACGUAGGCAUGCCUUGACUGACAUAAAGCCAAAUUCCAGCAUUAAAACCACUGCAAGCCACUUUAAAAAAAAAAAAGACACUUCCAUCACCGUCUCAUUUCCCCUGGAAUUGACUUGCUGCUGCUGAGGAGAUCAGAGGGGAAACAACCAGCAGGGAAUGAAAAGAGGGGUGAAUGUGGGUGGCAGAAGGUGGGACAGGGGAGAGGAAGGCAGGCAAGGACCUUAAUUAUGUGGAAUAGAGUUAUUAGGGCUCUGAUGAAUGUCAUUAGAGUGUGACUUUCCAUUAGAGCCCACUGUGUACCUAUUUAACGCAGCUGCGCUAGGAAGAUCAGAUGGAGCCCCCAUGUUGCCACCAAAUGGUUAGGUCUGUGAUGUGUGUAUUUGACAAGCAGUAAGUUUGAAAGGUCUGCUUGCAGUCAGAUCUUUUGAGGCAUUCAACUUAGGCUCACAGGACCAAGCACCAAAUUGAAUUCUAUUUUGUUUUUUUGCAUCUAUAGGCAAUAGGCAACUUUCUCUUGGUUGUCACAUAAGAUAGGGUUGGGGGUUGUUUUUAUAACAGGGUUUUAUAAUAUCGGACUUGCCUUGGCAGUAAAAUGUAUACCUUAGAAAGGCCUUAAACUAACUAUCACCCGUUUAUUUGUUUGCUGCUUUUCUGCGGUAAACCACGCCCACGGCAGCAGACCUUAUAUCCCACAAGAAAUGUUACAUAUGACAUAGAGCAGUGCUCCAGACACAGGAUUCUGCGUAGCUGAAUGGAAUUGGAGAAGGGCCUUCACUGUUGUGUUGGUUUUAAUUCCUCGCUCCCCGCCCCCAUGCCAUCAUCUCAUAUAACAUCUCCCAGGGCACGAGAAGCAGUUCAGCUAAUUAAAUGUUGCAAACAGAAGGCCAAGCAGGAAAUGGAAAGAAUUAUUAUGUCAUCGUGACUGUCUGCAUCAGGGUUUUCAACCCUUUUGGUCCUGCCAUUUAGAUCACUUAGGAUAAUGCGCGGAAACUAUGAAUGUUAAGAGGCUGUCUCUCUCACUGCCUUGCUCCACUCCAGUCACGUGAUGAAACGGGGAGAGACAAAUUCAAGUCUGCAAGUUUAGUAUCAACAGUAUUUUCUUCUUUCUUUCUUUUGUUACAUUCUUUCCCCCCCCAUGUACAACUUUUGUAAUUUGGUGGCUACAUCCUUCUAUUGUACUUGCUGUUUCUUGAAGUUUGUUUCGUGUGUGGUCUUUGUAAAUAUUUUGAUACAACCAUUCCUAACUGUAGGAAUAUAUUAAAGACAAAAAUGACAAUAAUCCUGUGCCCGUUAUCAGAAACAAA